CAUUCAUUAGCAGCGCGCAGGAGGGUAUGUGUAUGAGUGCGUGCGUGCGUGUGUGUGUGUGUGCGCGUGUGACACACGGGAUGAAGAUGAUGAGACUCCACUACGACAAGUGAACCUUCUAGAUUGGAUACAUUCCGGGAUCGGACCUGAUCAGCGUGUCUGCGCUCGGACUCUCCAUCUGCGUCGAUUAACCGGACACAUAUCUGCGCCUCUCUGUAUAAUGCCGACACAUAUGAGAUUUCGGAGAAGGUCAUUUCUCGGGCUUUUAUUUCUCUUCUCGCUCUCCACUUCUGCACUGUACUUCAUCUAUUCAGCUCCUGGCAUAGUCAAUGAGUACCUGUUCACGGUUCAGGCCCGUGGGAUCCAGAUCCGUGAGAAUGUGAGGAAUAUGGGAGCUCAGGUUCUUGAGCAGAUGGUCCGCAGUGCCUACAACGUCAACGGCACAGACUAUGCAUACGAGUUUAACUUAAGUGAGGCAGAUGUUCCCACCACUCCUUACCUCCCGGAGGGCUUCACGUACAAGCCUGAUCAGGUCUGCCCGGAAAAACUGCCCUCCAUGAAGGGCAAGAUGAAGGUGAACAUGAGUGAGAUCGCUCUAGAGGAGGUUGAGAGACUACUCAAGAAGGCAGAUCCAAGUCUGUCUCUCGGGGGCCACUGGAAACCGCACGACUGUCUCCCGCACUGGAAGGUGGCCAUCUUGGUUCCUUUCCGUAAUCGCCAUGAGCACCUUCCCAUACUUUUCCGACAUCUGAUACCAGCGCUUCAGAGGCAGAGACUGCAGUUCGGUUUCUACGUCAUUGAACAGGCAGGAAAUGAACCGUUCAAUCGUGCCAUGCUGUUUAAUGUCGGUUUCAAAGAGGCCAUGAAGGACUUGAACUGGGAUUGUGUAAUAUUUCACGAUGUUGACCACAUUCUGGAAAAUGACCGCAACUACUAUGGUUGUGGUGAAAUGCCAAGACACUUUGCGGUCAAACUCAACAAGUACUCUUACAUGCUUCCGUAUGAGAAGUUCUUUGGUGGUGUUAGUGGGCUCACCGUGGAGCAGUACAGGAAGAUAAAUGGCUUUCCCAAUGCAUUCUGGGGCUGGGGAGGGGAAGACGACGACAUUUGGAACAGGGUUCAGUUUGCUGGCUACAAAGUGAGUCGACCUCAUGGAGACACUGGUCGUUAUAAGUCUAUACCACACCACCACCGAGGGGAAGUCCAGUUUCUGGGCAGAUACAAGUUGCUCCGUAGAUCCAAGGAGAGACAGAGCCUGGACGGCCUGAAUAACUUGAAUUACUCCCCUCUAGUGUCCCGGAAGAGUCUGUACACUAAUGUGUCAGUGACGCUCAGUCAAGACCUGGCCCCUGUCGCCGAUUACUGACAACACACAAGGGACGGGCCAGACAGGGGGUGGGGAUUCCUUAAAUCUUUAAUGCACAGAGCAUUUUUAUUUUAUUUUUAAAUUUAUUUUAUUAUAUUAUUAUAAUUAUUAUGUUUUUAAAUUUGGCUUUUCUACAUAAUUUGUUAAGCUAAUUUGACCACAGUUUUGUUUUGUUUUUGUUUUUUUUCCUUUGUCACUCAUCCACUGUCCGUCUGUCAUGUGAAUCGAUCCAUUCUUGAAUCCAAAACCCCAGCUGCUGGUUUACCCUCAUCGGACCAAUCAGAUCCGACAUGUGGUGUGUGUCUUCUAAUCAGACUUCGCCUGGGGGGGUGAAGUCGCGUGUUUACAGCAUGAAUGACAAAAGCUAUUGAACAAGUUAAUGACAAUUAUGCUAAACGACUUCAGAAUAGCCAUUGUAGGAGUUGAGGGAUAUGCCCUUUUCUCUGCCAGAAACAAACACAGCUGGUUCUGUGCAUUACGAUAUAAACCAAUAAAUGCAGAUUAAGAUAUUUAUUAAAUAUAGAAUAAAUAAGCAUGCACUGAUACUUACGGUAGAUGCUACUAACAUCACGGGUUUAAGUGUGAGUAUUCGCUCAUGAAACGUGGAAACGAACACCCUCGAUCAUUUUAGCUGUACAAUACAAACACGCUCAUCUACCACAAUGCAUACCGUUCAACACAAAGAGUUUUCUCGACAUUAGCAUGACCCCAUGAAAAUGGCUUGACAAGCGCAGUGUCCUUUCCUGUGUUCAUGUAUCUUCCACUAAAACAGGGCGUUGGGGCAUAUCAAAGGGCUUGUACCUUUUUGUAAAUGGCCAGUAGCUUUUAGUUUAUGAUUUGCUACUUGCUAUUUCUAAUCAGGGGCAGGCGGUAUUGAGAGGGGGACAUUCAAUUGAGUUAAAAUUAGCCCAGAAUAAAUUUUGGCCUCAUCUAUAUUUAUGGGCCGUUUUCCGUGAACAGAUAUUCUCAUUUGUACAGUCAUUUUCAAUCCGUCUAUCUGCUAAAGUGAGUUUUCUCAACUCUUAGGAGUACAACCAGCACAUCAGACCUAAUAUACAUGGACUAAAAGGCCACAAAACGAUGUCUUAAGAGCCGUACACAAACCACGGCAAUGCCAGCAAAAUGCGCCUCGCUCUGAACGGUCACGCAUUUUUGCUGCGUUCACUGGGAUAUUUGUCAUUGGAACUAGAUUAGGACCAGCUGACGUGUUAGUUUUGAGAUUUGUCAAGCUGUAUUUAUGUGGGUCUGCUGGUCGUUUAAAACACUGGAUUGUCUGUCGAACAAACAUCCUGUUGUUUGUGCUUACAGAGGGGUUUUUCCAUUAGUUCCUGCUUACGUUGUGUAGAUAUUGUGCGAGUGUUUCCCAUGCACUGCCCUUCACAGUCAAAUCGACAUGCUUUGCAUUGAGCAAUAUGCUGUUGCCUCUCUGCGUGUGUAGUCACCGCACCUCUGAUGACAUUAUAAAACGCUAUUGAGUUUUACUAGAGCCAAUAUUUGACAUUGUUUAAUUCCGAGUGUUAUUGCCAGGCAAUCUCUUGAGCUGAAUUCGGACAAAUAGACUGAGCAACUCUAUUAGACCAAACACACAGACACUUUGGGCCUCAUUCGUGAAACCACUUGCAUUCAACAACUUGCGUUCAAGAAAUACGUCGAAACGUAGAACACAUGCAAAUAGAGAUAGUUUACAUUCGUGAAAGCAGACUGAAUUUCUGUGUCGUCAUUCAUACAAACAUUAUUGCGCAAUUUGUUGCAUUGAAAUGAAUGCGACUUAUUUUAUGAACAACUCGCACAGAAAUUGGUCCUGCUUGUGUUUUAUAAUAUCCUGAGAUACAGUGUCCAUGUCGGUCAUUUAUGAACCAUAAAUGAGGCCCUUUGCUUUCAUUCCACUGUAAUAGCACAUUAUCAUUACACGCGUUUAUGUCGUUUAGAGACCUUAGAGGCUUCGUAAUGCGUAUUUGUGAGCGUGUUCGUGUGCAUUCCUCAAAUCACAGAGGCUGGACCUCGUACUUAUUCAUUCUUUUAUGUACAUUUGUUUUGUUUUUUUUAUUAGUUUUAGUUCAUUUUUACAUAUUUCUAUUUUGUUUUACUGUAAUUGUGAUUAUUGUGAGGGAAACGGAUCAAGAGAGAUAACUGUGAUGUAAAAACAAGCACUGAAAUAUGUUUCUUAUCGCGUACAAUGUGAGGCUGAUCUUGGGAAGAGAGUCUGUUGCUGUUAAACUCAAUGGACGGCAGUUUCGUAUGAUGACACGAGAGAACGAGUAAGUUAGAGAGACGGUUCUUGAGCGCCCGCCCAGUGAACGUAUCCUGCCCUGAUAGCCAAUGGUGCUGACCUCACAGACAUUAGUACUGUGCUGCCGUGGUACUUUUGUCUUGUAACAGACAAUUAGACGGGAUUGAAUCUAAUUACACUCUUGCCUCAUUGACCAUCUCGGCAGCGUAAUCUAUCCGUGUAGCAGGUAAAUUGUGUUUAGCUGGACGAACGCUCAAGCAGAUCUUUCUAAUGUUUGAUUCUCUCUGUGUUUGACGCUCAUGGAGUUUUGCGCCAAUGUUUGGGGUCCUUUUUGCUCGUUUAACAAUUAGCGAUUAAUGCUCUCGCACUGCGUCCGAACCCAAUGCAACAUGACAAGAUCCCAGCAUGAUGCCACAAACCAAGUGACCAACAAAACGAGCUCAAAAUCAAAUAUAAGACACAGAAAAUCCUACUGGUCCUGCCUCACUUUUCUUUAUGGGGCCCGUCAUUGGCACACUCCAGCCCACUAUAUAACCCAUUCUGCUCCAGAUGAAAUGACAGGGAGGGCCGCAAGCCAUCCCUUGAACAACUGGCUGCCUUAAAACCUGUUAAUUUAUUCAAUAUAAUCAUGUUUUUAUUUUUUAUAAGCAAAUAUAUUUAAUUUGUUAUUGUGCAUAUUGUGUAGUGUGUUUUGGGAAAAAAAGUCAUAUAAAGGAACUUCAAAGAUUGACUUACUAUUAAGAAAGAAUUUGGAGCCCUUUAGUCAGACAAUGAUUUGGUGCCAUUGAUCUCUCUGUGAAUGCCAUGAGCUGUACGAGCUGUAUUUUCUAUUCACUCCAACAUUUUUUUUUUAUCAUAACAGGCCUUAAAUACUGUUUUUAUGAUCAUUUGUGAUGAUUAUAAAGAUGUUCCUCUAUAACAUUAUCAUGUACCUUACUAAGAUC